AUGCCCGGUCCUCUUCACUCUCGUCCACAUCCUUCCUCUUUUGUUUCCGGCCAGGAUACACCGACUGGGGAACAUGGCCCGAGAGUGCAGGUUUCCCACGAGGAUGAGGAUGCUAUCGCCGAUAUUCACCGCACUCUGACGGAGAAGAGUCUUUCGGGCGUACAUCAGGAGUAUCCAGAACCUCAUUCGUCGUUUGACAAGUUCCUGGAGGAACAGGUUCAAGGUGGCAAGAAACGGUCUAAUCUAGGUGUCUGCUUCCAAUCGGUCUCGACCUGGGGCGAGGGUGAUGGCCACGCCGAUAUCAAGACACUUGGCAUGGCGUUAUGGCGUACAUUCACCUUGCAGGACAUCUAUGAGUGGACCAUUCAGCCUUGGAUUUCGUCAAAGAAACCCCAACAUGGACGCCCUAUCAUUCGAGACUUCUCAGGCGUAGUCGAGAGCGGAGAGAUGAUGCUCGUUUUGGGUCGUCCAGGAGCCGGAUGCUCGACAUUCCUCCGCACCGUCGCCGGCCACCACUCUUCGUUUCUGGGGGUGACGGGAUCGAUUGACUAUUCCGGUCUGAGCCCAGAUGAAGUUCGAAAGCACUAUAGCAGUGCAGUAGCCUACGUGCCCGAAGACGAUGUGCAUUUCCCGACCCUCAAUGUGCGACAGACCCUUGAGUUUGCCUUGAAGAGCAAGACUCCCAAGCGCUUCCAGGAGCGAAUCCCUAAAUAUCUCGAGAUCUACGGUCGAGUCUUCGGCAUGACCCACACGAUGAAUACCCUGGUGGGCAACGAGUACAUUCGAGGUGUCUCGGGCGGCGAGCGGAAACGUAUCUCCAUCAUUGAAUCCCUCGCUACUGACUCAUCCGUGACUUGUUGGGAUAACUCGACUCGUGGUCUAGACGCUUCGUCUGCGCUGGACUACGUUCGCAGCUUGCGGAUCAUGACGGACACUUGUGGUAAGGCCACCUUGCUCACCUUGUAUCAAGCCUCUGAUGCAAUCUAUGAGCUUGUGGACAAGGUGCUUUUGAUCGACGAAGGUCGAAUGCUGUUCCAGGGCCCAGCUGGCGAGGCCAAGCGGUACUUUGAGGAGCUUGGAUACGAAUGUGCCGAUAUGCAGACCAUUUCAGAUUUUCUGACCAGUAUCACGGUACCGGAGCGACGACGCUUUCGCGUAGGCUGGGAAGACCGCGCUCCGAAGGGGCCGACUGAGCUGGAAACUGCAUUUCGACAGAGUGCUGCAUUCAGAGGUAUCGAGAAAUUGGUUGAAAAGUACGAUGAUCAGCGAAAUAGCGACAAAUCCAAUGGAGCUUGCUCAUCAGACUCCGAGUCUGGUAGUGUGGAGGACUUCAAGCGUACUUUGCAGAGCGACAAAUCCCGCUUCGUCUCGUCCAAAUCUCCUUACACCAUCUCGCUCUUCCGUCAAAUCGUGCUUUGCGCCCAGCGGCAAAUGUGGCAGCUCCGGGGUCACAUGGGUCCACUGUACAUCAAGUUGAUAUCUGCGGUGGUUUAUGGCCUUCUGAUUGGAUCUAUGUUCUAUGAUCAGCCCCAGACUACCGAGGGCAUGUAUUCGCGUGGUGGUGUGCUCUUUUACUCUUCUAUCUUACUUGCCUGGCUACAGAUGUCUGAGCUUGAAGAAGCGAUGCAGGGCCGAGAUAUUCUUAGUCGGCAGAAGAAGUUCGCCUUUGUGCGACCUAGCGCCGUUUGUAUGGCCCGAGUUGCACAGGAUAUGUUGGUGACUGCAUUGCUCACCUUGCUAUAUCUUAUCGUCAUGUACUUCCUGUCGGGGCUGCGAUCUGAUGCUGGUCCAUUUUUCAUCGACUUCCUCUUCAUCUACAUGUGCACAAUCUGUCUGACAGCGCAAUUUCGUGUGUUUGCAGCCUUGUCCAAUAAUUUCGAAGUUGCUUUGCGCUACUGCGGAGUGUCUGUGCUGUUUUGCAUCGUUUUUGGUGGCUAUGUCCUGUCUGUUGACAAGAUGAUUCAGGAUGUUCCGUGGGUUGGUUGGAUAGCUUACACAACGCCCGCUUUGUACACCUAUGAAUCGGUCAUGGCCGCCGAGUUCCACAAUGUCAAUUUUACUUGUGCAACCGGCUCGAUCAUUCCAGCAGGGUCCAAUUACACCGAUGUCGCCUAUCAGACUUGUGCAUAUGCUGGAAGUCAGAUUGGCAGCACUGUGGUAAAUGGAGACGACUACCUGGCAGCACAAUUUGGAUUCUAUUAUAGCCAUGUGUGGCGCAACUUUGGCAUUCUUUGCCUUUUUACUAUCUCUUUUAUCGGCCUCACGUGUUGGCUGAGUGAAGUAAUGGAAUGGGAAUUGGACAGUGCUGGCCCGAUUCAGUAUAAAAGUUCUCGUCGCUUGCUCAAGCGGAAGAAUGAAACCUGUAGCGACGAGGAGAACAGUCCUGUCUCGGUUGACCCUAAAUUACCCCGUGCCGAAAGUUCCAUGGGUUCACCCGGACAGCCACUAUCUGCUACUGAAUCCACAUUCACCUGGUCGGACCUUGAGCUCGAUGUACAUAUUGGCAAAGAGACGCGAAAGUUGUUGGAUAAUGUGUGUGGCUUUUGCAGGCCAGGCAGUCUUACGGCUCUUGUUGGCGCAUCGGGUGCAGGAAAGUCGACUUUGUUAACAGCGCUUACCCAAAGACAGAGUGCCGGUACCUUGACCGGCUCAAUGUAUGUGGACCACGAGCCGAUCAAUGACUCUUUCAAUCGACAGAUUGGAUACUGUCAGCAAAUGGACAUCCACGAUGAAAGCAGUACUAUUCGUGAGGCGUUUCAAUUCUCAGCUCUUCUCCGACAGAGUCGUGAAACUCCCAAGGAUGAGAAGCUAGCCUAUGUGGAGACUGUGCUGCACACUUUAGACCUAAUUGAACUGCAAAACGCGGUGAUUGGGUCAUUGGAUAUUGAGAAGAAGAAGCGAGUUACGAUUGGAGUCGAGCUAUGUGCUCGUCCUCGACUGCUUCUAUUCCUAGACGAACCGACUAGUGGACUUGAUAGCCAGGGUGCAACCAGCAUUGUGGCCCUGCUUCGUCGCCUUGCGAACCAAGGAUUGGCAGUUCUUUGCACUAUCCACCAGGCCAACCAGCAACAGUUUGAAGAGUUCGAUCGCGUCCUUGCCUUGAGCCCCGGUGGAAGCACUUACUACUUCGGACCAGUCGGCCAAUCUGGGAAAGCUAUCUUUGAUUAUUUCAAAAAGAACGGCCAUAACCCACAGAAUGUCACAAAUGCUGCAGACUUCCUUAUUGAAGUGGUUGUUGGUGGCAUGAAAUUUUCACAGAGCCAAAUUAACUGGGCCUCGAUCUGGCGAGACUCUGAAGAGGCUGAGCAUGUCAAAAAAGAGAUCUCCACUAUUCGCUCUCACAAUAACAAGAGGCGAGGAAUUUCGGAACCACCAUCUUUGCCGCCUCUUUACCAGCAGAUUAUUUUGCUUACACAGCGAACAUGUCGCCAGUUCUGGCGUACAGCCGAGUAUCCGUACUCGAGAAUCUACGCAUCAUUCCUCCACGCAUUCAUCAAUGGCCUUACUUAUCUCCAAAUAGGAAAUAGUACGACCGAUCUUCAGUCGAAAGCUUUCUCUGCAUUUUUGGUCUUGAUGCUGGUUCCUGAAUUCAUCAACGCCAUCUCUAUGAGAUUCAUCUUGAACCGCGAUAUCUGGCUAGCACGGGAGGGUCCCAGUGGAGUGUAUAGCUGGGUCGCGUUCAGCACUGCACAGAUCAUUUCGGAGAUCCCGUACGCUAUUGUCGGUGGGGUGAUUUUCUACGUAAUGUACUACUUCAUGGUCGGACUUCCUCUAGGGUUUGCAGCAGGAUACAGUUUCCUGAUGUUCUUCCUCUUCUUCCUUUUUGCUACUUCGUGGGGACAGUGGAUUGCUGCUUUGAGCUCGGAUUCAAUGGUCGCGGCUACUCUCAUGCCCUUCUUCAUUAUCAUGUGUGAACUCUUCAAUGGCAUCCUGCGCCCUCACGAGCAAAUGCCUGCUUUUUGGAAGUACACCAUGUACUAUAUCACACCGUUCACAUACUGGAUUGGCGGUGUCUUGACUUCGGUCCUUCGCGGGACCACAGUCGUCUGUAAUGAGAGCGAAUUGACUCUCUUCCAAAGCCCACCGCAUAUGACUUGCGGCGAGUAUGCCAAUUCUUGGCUUACCGCCAAGGGAAUUGGGUAUCUUUCGAACCCGGAAAGCACUGAAGUCUGCGGAUAUUGCGAGUACAGCUACGGUGAUGAUUACCUUUCUGGAAUUGGGCUAGACGACUCAGUCAUCUGGCCGUACUUUGGCAUCUUUCUUGCCUUUACCAUUGCCAACUACUUGAUGGUAUAUCUUCUAGUGUAUGUGCGAUCUGUAAAAUGGGGAUCAAAGUAA